GCCUCAGUACCUACCGACUGUUGUCGCGAAUCGUGCCCAUACGAAUACGCUGUCGCAUUGUCUCUGCUCAUCACUGGCACCGUUGCUUCUCCAGCAUACCUUCUCCAGCGCGCCAAUCUGCUCAUCGUGCAGGAAAGACGUGCUCAAACUGAACCUUCGCUACCAUGACGUCCACGAUCGGUAUUCCGAUCAAGCUUCUCAAUGAGGCCACUGGCCAUCAAGUCACAGUCGAACUCGCAUCUGGCCAGACAUAUCGUGGGAAGUUGAUCGAAGUCGAGGAUAACAUGAACUGCCAACUCGAAAACAUCAAUGUCACCCAGCGCGAUGGUCGCGUCACCCACCUGGACCGUGUCUAUAUCCGCGGAUCACACGUUCGACUAUUUGUGGUACCCGACAUGCUUCGGAAUGCGCCAAUGUUCCGAUCGCGAGGAGUCCGUGGUCGCGGUGUCGGUCUAGCGAGAGGAAGGGCGACAGUGAAUCGUGCCCGAGGACAAGGGCGACCCCGAGCAGGUUGAAAAGGUGGAAAGCCUAAAUUUGUUGUUGGAGCCCGGAUCACGAAGCAUGAACGAGCGGCAAGAGCCACCUCACAAAAUCUCUUGACAGCGGCAAAGAAGUCUAGUACUGGACGAUUGGACCAAUAUCUUCGCGACGACAUCCGGCGCGGUCACCAAUUCCUCGGGGGGGUUGACGGGCAGUUGCAGGAGACAGGAUAUUUGGCACCGACGAACAAUGCCCUGCGGAAUGGCAGCAUAUGCCGAAGUACUCGCAACAGAGCACCAAGUUCGCUGACCGCCAGAAGGCUACAUGUACCCAUGUGGAAUGCACGUCAAUGGGAGCAGAGUUUUGAAAUAGAAAUCCUCGUCGUGAUCCCGAACAGUGACUACUACGUUUCUUUUGGCGACAUGUAUGAGGCUCAUUUCGUUUGACACUGCCGGCGCACCUCAUAAUAAUUUCUGGGCGAAAUUGUCUGAACGUUCGACGUUUUGCUCCAAAGUGAUGUCAUAGUCCUGAAG